AUGUGCUCCCUUCUUGCACUACCUGCUGUGCUCUUCCAUCCCCUCAUCAUAUCCCGCCCUUGGUCUCUCUCCUGUCGUGCCUCCCAUACCUCCCGUACCUCCCAUGCCUCCCUUGCCCCUCAUAGCUUUGGAGUGGUGAUGCUCACGAUCCUGACGGCACGCAAGGCCAUCUACAACUCGGAGGACAACCAGAUCAACCUCAAGCAAUGGGUGGCACCAUUCAUAGCAGCCAACGACGGAGUGACCUUCAAGGACCCCUCUUUGGAAGCCCCGCCAGACAUGAUCCUGCGCCUGGCACGCCUGGCUCUCAGCUGCACCGCCAUGCCCACUGUCCUCCGCCCCAACAUGAUCAAAGUGCUUGCUGAAUUGGAGGCUCUGCGCGAGGAGGUGCGCGGUGCGACAGGGGAUCAGAUGGCGAGGAGGAUUGACCGGGAGAUUGACGACACGCAUGGGCAUGACUUGGAAGAGGAGGUGGCGAACGCGAUUAGGAUAGGGUCGAGUGGAGGUGGAGUGAGUGGGGAACGGAGUGAGUGA